AUGGUGACCCAACACCAACUGUCAACUGGACGAGUGUUUGAUGGGAGUGACAGUGAUGUCCUGUUUACUGGGAAUUCAUAUGUGAUCAACAACAAUAGAAACAAUGCUGGAACAUAUCGCUGUAAGGCUGACAAUGGAAUUGGCCGUGCCAUUAAUCAGACAAUCCAUGUGACUGUUAACUGUAAGUGCAGUGCAUUUCCCAGUAUUAGUGGUUAGAUACGUUUUUUUUUGCUUAACAAGCAAAAUACAAAUUCUACUAUGUUUGUCCAUUGAUGUGUGAUUGUCUUACUGCUGAACUGGCGCAGGGUAUGGUUCAUAAAAGAAAGUCAAAUUGACACCUCACUAAAACAGAGUAGACUCUCUAAUAUAUAGAUUUAGCCAGGGCUAAAAGCGAGGCUCCCAUUAAUAGAUCUAUAAUUUAAAUCAAACAAUAAACUUGUAUUCCACAAUUCAGUUAACUUUAGAGCACAUUCAUGUGACUUUUAAGGGAAAGGCUCGGUGAUUUUAGAGAAAAAUAAUUUGCAAACAGCGAAAGAUAGCCUCGUAUGUACACCCCCAAAGUAGCAAUCAUCUUUGAUCACAUUUAUAAUAUAAAUUGAAUAACUUCUAGAGCGCUAUUUACAUUCACUGAUCAACAGCGCUUAACAACUUAAAAAACUACAAUAAAAUACAAAUUUGUAAAACUAAUUACAUGUACAUGAAUACUAACAAUGUAUUUUAAUACAGAAUAUUUAUAAUAAUGAUAAUAAACUUAAUUAGUAAUACUAAUAAAGUGAAUGUCAACAGAUUACGUUGUAAAAGCUGCACGAAAUAAAUUAGUUUUCAGCUUACAUUUAAAAAUAGCUAAUGAUUGAAUAUCACGUAAUUCAGCCGGCAAACUAUUCCAUAAAUAUGGGGUAGCAGUAGAGAAAGAUCUGUCACCUAACGUGACAAGCAUUUUUCCUUUAGGAGGGUCUAGCAAUAAACUUUGAUUUGAUCUAAGAUUAUAUAUAGACCUAGUUGUUUAAUAUACUUAGGCGCCAAUCCAUGAAUAGCUUUAAAUGUUAAAAUUAAGAUCUUAAAAUGAACACGAUGUUGUACUGGUAACCAGUGAAGUUGAUAAAGCGCGGGAGAAAUAUGCGAGUACUUACUUAAGCUCAGUACAAAGUCUAGCCGCAGCAUUUUGCGCACGUUGCAAUCUAACUAUUUGCGAGUUAGGAAGGCCAUACAGAAGUCCAUUACAAUAGUCUAAACGACUAGUGAUUAAAGCAUGAAUAAGCGUUAGUAACGAAUCGCGAGAUAAAUACUUCUUAAUCCUUCUAAUAUUAUGUAGGUGAUAAAACGUGGCAUUACAGAUUUUAGUAACAUGCGUUGACAUUGACAACUUAUUAUCAAACCAUGCACCUAGAUUUCUAACACAGGAACUAGGAUAAAUAUCAUAAUCACCUACAGAGAUAUUACAUACAUCAUUGAUCUUACCUAAUUGUUGUCUAGUUCCUAUUGAUAUCAACUCAGUUUUAUCAUCGUUAGUCAUUAACCUAUCCCUAAUCAUCCAAUUUCUUAAGUCACUGAUACAUCUAUUCAUAGCACUAAUAGCUUCAUCCAGACUGGACUUAUCAUCAGACUUAAAACUAAGAUACAAUUGCGUAUCGUCGGCAAAACAAUGCACGUUAGGAAGAUUUUUCUUUAUGAUAGUAAAUAGCUUAGACGCGUAAACUACGAAUAAUAGAGGUUCAAGGCAAGAGCCUUGUGGAACACCACAGUCCAAGUCGAAAUAAUUUGACAGAGUACCAUGUAUAGAGACUCGCUGACUUCUUUGAGAAAGAUAGGAGUAGAACCAAUUGAGUGAAUUCGCACGUAGACCAACAUCAUUAUGCAAACGAUCGAGCAACACAUCAUGCCACACUGUGUCAAAUGCUGCGCUAAGAUCCAGAAGAACCAGUAACGUUACAUGCUGGGAAUUCAUCUUUACAAGAAUAUCGUUCAUUGCUCUCAGUAAUGCAGUCUCAGACUGUGAUAUUGUCUAUAUGCAGACUGGAACAAGGGAUAAAUGCCAUUUGCCAUCAUAUGUUCAUGCAACUGAUUAAAGACCGCUCUUUCAGUUAGUUUUGACACAUACUGUAGGUCACUUACUGGCCUACAGUUCUUAAAUACCAGAUUAAGACCGGUCGUCUUUAUAACGGAUUAACCAGUGCACAUUUCCAGUUUGAUGCAAACGAACCAGACUCCAGGGACAGAUUAAUGAUUUUAGUAAUAACUGGAAGAAGCACGUCAAUACAGUUAAUCACCAAAGACGUUGGCAUGGGAUCCAAAGUACAACUUUUCUUAGGAAAACCUUCAAUGAGUUUACGCACAUCUCCUUGUGACAAUGGUUUAAAAUGAUCCAUCAAAGCACAGAUGAUUCAGUAUCGUCACUAGAAACUUCUGAUAAUGCUGAUGUUAAUUUAUCCAGCUUAGCGUGAAUCGUUCUGAUCUUAUCAACAAAGAUAGCACCCAUUUCAUUGGCAAGAGUCAAUUUAUUAUCAGAUGCCGGGAAAAGAACAUCAUGAUUAUGUUUCAGUAGUUUCUUUGUUGCCGUGAACAAAUCCUUCGGAUUGGAACUGUUCUUCUCAAUGAAUUCCUUGAAGAAUUCAAGACGCGCAGUAUUCAUAAGAUAAGUGAUGUAAUUCCUCUUAGAUUUAAUGCUCUUGAUCACCGUAGAUUAAUUAGGCCUGAAAAAAAAAUCAGGCGGAAUUCAUUGCGUUCGACAAGUUUACAUUACAAAAUCUUGCUAACAAAUCUGGGUGCGUCUAAACCAACCUUUUAUACCAUUUAAACAUCACAUCUGAGGUGAAAGAGUACUAUGAGGGACUGUUUUGAUCAUACAGACCUCGGGCAGAAUGCAGUAUUUCACAAUUUUGCAAUACAAAGUGCAUUCUUUCAACAUUCAGGACGAUCGAUCGAAGCACGCGUGGGCUUUUUGCUAAGCAGUUAAAAAAAUUUCCAAAAUCACCUAGUAUAUAUGGCCAGCCGGUUCUACUUUUGCAGAGCGAGCUGUGGUCGUGUUUGAAUGAACAUUAACAGAGUUACGUUUGAACAUAAUAAAGAAUUUGUUAUGGUUAUUUUUUAUUUAGUGGUUUAAUUCACGAAGACAAGUAUUAAAGUGUCUCUAAAAAUCCCGAGUCUUCAAGCUUAAAGCUUAAGUUUAUGUUUUAAGCCGACUUCAUUAAAUUAGAUAUAAAAAACAAACAUCAAAUACAAAAAUUACUCAGGCUUACCAUUCGAGAUGCAGCCCUGAAAGGUAUCAAGUAAGGCCAGUAUCGCUUCAGACUUUGCAACCCAAUUAGGCAUCAAGCAAGGUGAAAAACGAAAACGAUGCCAUCCGAAAUCGGAUUUCCGACUUUGACAAGUGACAUAUUUCUCAACCAGAAACCCAAUAAACAAACUAGCCGUGAAUAACAGAAGACUCCUGAUAGCAGCUGAAUUUCAUUUUGUACAUCCAGUGGAAAAAGACAGUUAAAAACAUCACAAGUUGACACAAAACUCUGUCAGCUUCAGCUGUCAAAGUAAACAAGAUUCAACAUGCUGCAUAAAUUUUCCCCAUGAACUCACCUGUCAAAUUUUGACCAAUUACAGCAUAAAAAUUGGACAAGGAGCAUGACCAACGCGUGAUCAUAGUGAGCAAAGUCAAAAGCAACUGUCUUCCCUACCUGUAAUAGCUAGCUGAAUUUUCGCGUCCGAGGUCAGUUUGAAAUCAAAAUUUUAAUUGUGCGGCAGAAAUACUCGACAUAUUUCAUAUGAAUUUUAAAACAAAUUAAAUUUGAGCCCGCGAUCAUUUGAAAACUAGUAACUUGUCAGCGGAUAACUUCAAAAAUACUGACUUCAGUAGGCGAUAUGGUCAAGUGAUACUGGUCAGCGGAUACCCUGUUUUGACAGCUGUCAAAUGAUCACAACAUUGAUGUUCAAUAUGUGUGCAUUGUCAGUUUUCCUUGUCGAUCAGUGGGCUCCUAGAAAUGUGGCUUGGGCUCCUAACUUUUUAUUUCAGGAACCCAGAGGGCUCCCAAAAAAUUUUCUUAGGCAGCAGCCUUGCUCAGUCACCUUGUUAUUACGGCCACUUUAUUUGGCUGCCUGGCAAAAAGGCCAUAAAUUUCUUUCAUGUAAAAAACCCUUGUUAAUACGGUCACCCUUAAAUACGGCCAAUUUUUUUCGGUCCAUUGGUGACUGUAUUAACAGGGUUCGACUUUAAUAGAUCUCUAUACUCUAGGUUUACCUCAAGUAAAAUGUACAUUAAUUAUUUGUACAUUCUUACAAAUCCACAAUAGGAAGAAAGGUUAAAGCAACCAGUUUUAAGUAGUACAGCCUGCAAGUGCUAAAGGAGUGAGAUUUUAUUUGACAGGUUACACAUCAUACUGAAUAAUGUCAAAGAUACUUAAAAUCAAUACACUGUAACAAGGCUUUGCUAUAAGUAAAUGGCGCCAUCCCCUGAGUGCUGAAGCGUGGAGUCUUGACCGUAUUCUCGGCGCUCGUAUUUGCACGCGAAAAAUUAUUAAACGAAUAAAUACUAAUGAAACAAAAUGUGAAACAAAAUAAAGUACCUGAUGAACAAGUCAUAGCGGCGAAGUUACGACAAGAAAUGUUUAAGCGAUAAGAAUCAAGUACCUUUAUGAAUAAAAAGAAUGAUUUCUUUGUGAACUGCUAUUGAAAUAAAUUUGGCGACGUUUACCGUAUGUAAAUGAGAGUAUCAAAUUUAUAUGAAGCAAAUACAAAUUUUAGUUUUGAGAUUUUUCUAUUUUAACGAUGACUUCUAAAACGGCACAUUAUAAAUUGUAACUGCAGAGGAAACAAAGGAGAAAUAUUCAUCGAUAUUCAACAAAUCGUCUAUUAAACCGGGCACGCAAAGUUUUGCGCCGAGAGCGAAUUUGUUUAAAGGCCGAUACACAGGCUCAUUUUGCAUUGCCAGUACACACGAGGGGUCAUACUGCGAGAGCUAGCUCCUUGUUAUGGUACACAUGUGUGAGCAAACGAAAGAAACUUGGUGUCGGAUAGCUGAUAUUCACCAGGUGAGGGUUGGGGAACUAGUUCAAAAUUAAACAUGGCGACUUCCUUCCGGUCCAGAUCAAAACAGAAAAAGUUGAUUCUUUUGAUGAUGAUGAUGCUUGAAGAUGACUCAUCAGUUAGUAAAAAAGUUGCCAGGAAAACUUGGGCUCGCCUGUGGCUUCUGAGAAGACAGGAGAAAGGGGCUUUUUAUACUAUUUUUUGAGAAAUGUCCGUUGAAGGUUCAGACGGAUUUUGUGAAUACAUGCGAAUGCCAUACGCAAAAUUCGAGCUCAUCAACUUUUACACUUUUAGUCGAGGCCGUCUUGAAUUUUGAGCACAAGUCAAGGGUUCCAAAGGAAUUGUGGAUGAAAAUUUGAUUGGUUAAUGUUUUACAUUUGCCGUAUUAAUCCGCACACAACAAAAAAAUGUGUUGCGUCUAGCGCAAGCACGUGUGUCACCGACAGAGGCGGGAAAAGUUUAUCACGUCUCGUGUUUUCACUAUUGAAACUAUUGAAAACAUCUAAAAAUGUUGAAUUGAAGGUAAAAGCGUAUUGAGGAUAAUUUUAUUAUCACUUUUUGGUAUGUUUGAUAUUUAAUAAGAUAGAGCCACAUGUACUUGUGACAACUCUAGGAGUGUGUAACAGCGUUAGAAGUCGAUCAUAAUUUACCAAUAUGCGCGUUAAUUCGAAGAAAAAGUGUUUUGAAACAAUGUAGGGGUAUGCAAUGUUUUUUGUUCGGCAGCUACGAGAAAUAACAUUUACAUUCAGACAAUAGGUAAAGCCAACUCAGCAGGGUUUAAAACGCAAAACGUCCAGGCUCGUUUUCUUUCCAGGAAAGGGCUUCGCUCUUUUAAAAUAUUCUCUGGUUACUUUACGCUAUUCUCCUGCUUCUGCAAUUCUUAAUGAAACCCCUGCCUGUGUAAUAUUUGAUUAAUAUUUUUUCUUAUUGCUUUAAUUUAUUUGUUUGCACAAAUUAUUUGCAAAGACCUACAUGUAAGAAGUUUAUGUCUGGUCAGGGUUAUCACUGAAAUAAUAAUUAACUAUUAUUAUAUAUUGGAUGAGAUCGAGCCAAUUGUGAUUUGUCAGUGAUGAGCAAUUAUUGCCGAAGACAGAACUGAGUUUGUUUUAUUAAGGAUUAUCUUCGAAAAACGAGGAGAUCUGCCAUUUUCACGUAAGAGCGAUCGCAUGAAGGAAAAAAACAUGGUUUCAUUUCUGCAUGAGCAGAAUAUUAUUUGCAGCCAAACAAAGUUGGACGACGUUGGGCAUGAGCAGACCAUUAUUUGUGGGCAGUUAUUUGUAGGUCAUGUGGUAGGCUUUCUGCCAAUGAAUGAUAAGAAUUAUUAUUCAUCCUCAGGAGGAAAUUAUUUUCUAACAAGGAUACCUUGUUCUAUUUACUUCAGUCAAACCAGAGAAUGUCCAGUUGAAUGUGAGUGGCUCAAGCAUCUGUCAGGGUGAUGUCUUUAAUAGAAGCUGCUCUUCUGAUGGCAACCCUCCCGUUGAUACUUACCUCUUGUUUGAAAAUGAUACCCUUCUAAAUACCAGUGGUAGUUCAGUAGUAACUAAGACAGCGUCAGCUGGAGGAGUGCUUGUUUACAGAUGUGAGGCUAAUAAUACUGUGGGAACGGCAAAUGCAACAACAACUGUCACUGUAAAUGGUAAAAAAUGAAAAAAAUAAUGUGCAUUUGUACUGUAUCUAGAUAAUUAAUUAUUAAUCCACCAACAUACAAACCCCACAAGCAUUUAGUACAUUAUGCUAGAAAAAUUGGUCAAAGGCAGGCCAACAAAAAUGCUCCAAAUAGGCUCUUUGCAUGAAUUUGAUCACCUGUUGAACUUUCAGUAAAAACGAAAACAGUUUGCUUUUGAAAACGUCUGUUAGCACAAGCUCUAAGAGCAUAUUAAAACUAAAAUAUAACCUGAGAAUUUUUCAGCUGUGUAUCUCCAAAAAUUAAUAGCCGAUUGUAACGGCCGCCGAAAGUUAGAAUUAGGCAUUUGUAUGAGAAAAACAACUUUUGCCAACUGUCGUUAAUUUUUUUGUUAUACAUUUAAGGGCUCAAAUUGCCUGUUAUGAAUUAAAAGGAGAUUUGAACCCUGUAAUGCUUAAGAAAAUAUUCCAUGAAAGUUUUGAAAAUUUCGAAAUUACAAGGAAUUGUAUGGAAAACCAUGCAAGCGUGUCCAGGAUGGCAAAAGUUGUUUUUCUCAUACAAAUGUUUCUAACUUUCGACGGCCAUUGCAAUCGCUACUUUUGAGACAUACGGCUGAAAAUUCUCAGGUUACCUAAUUUUAAUAUGCUCUUUCAGCUUGUGCUAACAAAAUUUUCCAAAAGUGAACGGGUUUUGUGUUUACUGAAAGUUGAUCACGUGAUCAAGUCAUGGAAAGACCCUAUUGAUUUGGUGCCACUAUAACAAGACUAUUGCUCCUUGUCAUUAACUGGUAAAAUGCAUUUAACUGUAUUUAAUGUUUUGUCAACCUGACACAAAAAAGUUUGAAUCUCAAAUGUAAUCAUCUCUAUCUCCCUUUUGAUGUAGAGGCAUCUAUGAUACAGGCUCUGACCAACAUCACAGUAAUAGAGGGUGAAAACAGUACUUUGACUUGUCAUGUUAGUGGUACACCUACGCCACCUGUAUCCUGGACAGAAGUUAGAACAGGUCACCGUACAGAAGGGAAAAUCCAAGCACUUGUUAAUGUCAGUAGAAGUGAUGCUGGAGAAUACAAGUGUGAAGCAAGCAAUUUUUGUGGAAAUGACUCCAAAAGUACAUUUCUGAUUGUUAACUGUAAGUGACUGCUAUGAAUGGUAAAUAAAAGUAAAUGUAUAAUCCCAGUGGUAUUUUAUGUUCAGUAGCUGCUUGUACUGUGGUUUACCCAUCAUUAUUUCCAUCCAAACUGCAGUAAGAAAAGAAAAUGCUUAGAAUGUUGUUAUAUGUAGGAUAAAGGAAUCGCAAUUUUUCAAAUAUCCUCCUGGGGAACAGAGUUGGUGCAAUUUUUGGGGGAGUUACUAGCUGUAAAUUGGCAGUGUUUGACCUUGGAAAGAAAGUCAGUUUUGGUCUGAGUUUCGAGAGAAUUGAGAAAUAAGGGCUUUGAGAGUUAACGGUUUGUGUUGUACAUGUAAGUAUAAAACUAAUAUUUAAAACUUUUGUUUUAGACUGAUUGACUAAAUAGAAAAAAAUUAUCCCAUUGUUUAAGACUUUUUGUGGCUGGUCAUUCAAACUAAAGUUUAAAAUUUCAAAUUUAUUGAGACAAAAGUUCAUAAUGUACAAUGUAGACGCUUACAUCAUUUUUGGUCAAUUUGUUUGGACAGAUCUCCAAAGAAUGUUUUCUACAUCAAUUAUCAUCAGUUUUCACAGAUAACACCCUGCACCUAAUUAUGUAUUAUUUCUUAACAUUUACUUUUUUCACUCAAUGUUUAAAGGGUGUUUUUGUCUUUUUGUUAUCUCUUUUCAGUCAAACCAGAGGAUGUGCAGUUAACAACGAAUGUCAGUGCUAAGAGAGCAUGUCUGAAUGACGUUGUGUUCUUUAACUGUUCAGCAGCUAAUGCAAACCCACCAGUGGCAUUAUAUCAGUUUUUUGAGAAUGAUGUUAUGUUUGGUAGUAGCAGCUCAGGAGAGUUCAGCAAAAUGGUGAUGAACAGUGGUAAUUUAACAUACAAAUGUGUGGCAAACAAUACUGCAGGAACAACAAGCAGCCAGGAGGUUUCCAUUACUGUUAAUGGUAAGGCCAAUAUAUGAUUAUAUAAAAAGAUAGGAUGUUCUGUUUUCUCUGCUGUUUGUCAGUUCCCUUCUUGUUAUAGUGUAUCACUUUCUUCCAGGUGUCUCACGGGCAAGUAGAAUAGCGUGUGCCGGUUAAACUGGAGGUAUCUAAAGCCCUAUAUCAAAGAAACUUUCAUAAUCUGGCUUUCCUAAUAAACCAACAGUGUUUAAAAAAAAUUGAACUGUUGAUUCGUUUAGGAUUUUUCACCGGUUUUUGAGGACAAGAAAAGGCGGAGGAGUAGGCUUUUAUGUAAAAACCUCAAUUAAUUUUGUAGUUUGUUCUAAUCUAAAUGUACCUAAUCUUGAAAAUGUAUGAAUUGAAAUUCGUAAACCUAACUCAAAGCCAUUUCUGAUAGCUACAUGGUAUAGACCUCCUUGCUCCUCGAUUGAUUUAUUUUCAUAUUACAAAUCAUUUCUUGAAAAAUUAGAUUCCCUUGGUCUUGAGUAUUAUCUUUCAGGUGAUUUAAAUUGUAACCUGGCCUCUUUACAGCAUGAUUCAAAUACUCGUCAUGUGAAAUUUCUGAUUUAUUUGGGCUUCAACAACUUAUAAAUGAACGUCCGGAGGCUCUCAUAUUGGCAUCAGCGAUCACAGCCGUAUUUACGUUUAUAGGAAAUUAUCUCCUGCGUUUCCUUCAAAAGGGCAUUCAACCAUUUCUUACAGAAAUUUUAAAAAUUGUGAUCGAGAGAGUUUUCGUACCGAUAUUGCUCAGCAGGACUGGACUUGUAACGGCUCUUAUGAUCCUAAUGUUUUGUGGGCUAACUGGAAAACGAAAAUUUUUGGAUUAUGUUAACUUUCAUGCUCGCACUCCGAACUACCUCAAGGAACAAUUCUUGGUCCCCUUUUAUUUCUUAUUUACAUCAACGAUAUUGUCUGGGGUAAUUGUGGAAACACUCUGUUUGACAGGCUACAGAAGCUUCAGAACCGUGCUGCUUGGGUUCCAACUUUUUCUAGAUAUGAUGCUGAUGCCAACCGCUUCUUUGGACAACUUAAUUGGAAAGACUUGAGCACUCAGUUUCAAAUACAAAAAGCCCUAAUGGUUUACAAGUCCUUAAAUAAUCUUGUUCCAGGAUAUUUAUCCUCUAAAUAUCUUAAACGAUAUGAAACGCGCUACUCCCUAAGGGACUCUGUUAACAAACUAAUUGUCCCAUUCCCGCGAACUAACUUCAUAGCUUCAGUUAUAGCGGAGAAGUUCUCUGGAACAGCCUGCCCUGUGAUAUGAGAGAGGCUAAAACUUAAAGUCAUUUUAAACGAUUGGCUCAUCAGAAUUUCUGAUUUUUUAAGUACUGUGUACACGCGGCAUCCAUAAAAAACAGGUCUUAGUUAGGUUAGUUGUAGAUAGUUUUGCAUACUGUUUAGGGUAGUUAGGUGUAUCUAAUUUUUUUUUUGUACUCCUGAUGAAUUUAAUCGUGUUUAAAUAAAGAAUUAUUCUAUUCUUCUAUUCCUAUAUUUCGAGGGCUUAUACAUGGUUAUUUUCGCAGUUUUAAACUAUUGAGGUCCCAGCCUUUCAGGGUUAUCAAAAUUUAAAUUUAAUGUUAUGCAGUACUUGCAGAUCCCCCUGCUCCUGAGUUUCUUUUCACAGCCUUGUCAUUUAACUUUUAAUCACAGAUCUGAAAUAUAAUAGACAGUUUUUGUACGUGUAUGAUGAUUGCUCAUGUACUCCGUUUUUACACAUGUAGUAUUAAAAAAAAGAGGGAGAGAAUAAAACCAUUACAUCUUAAAUGUCCCUUAAAAUUGCAGUGCCUGCAUCCAUUCAGUCAGUCGAAGAUCAUUUUGUUUUCGAACGUCGCAAUACAAGCCUUAUUUGUAAUGCAUCUGGGACUCCUCAGCCAACUGUGUUUUGGAUCGAUGUCGCCAGUGGUCAGCGCACAAACAGCAGUGUACUGGAGUUUACCAACAUUAGCAGAAGUGAAGCUGGAGAAUACAGAUGCGAAGCUAACAAUGAGUGUGGGAGUGCAUUAGAGGCAGUUAACGUUACUGUGCUGUGUGAGUAGAUUUAGCAUAAGACGUUACAUUAGUUCUCAACAAGUGAUGGAUCAAGCAGAACCUUUUUGUACUCUGAAUAAUAAUAAUAAUAAUAAUAAUAAUAAUAAUAAUGAUAAUAAUAACAAUAAUAAUGCUAUGACACUGUAGGAUAAUCCCAACAUUUACGGUAGUAAAGUGGAAGGCAAUACGGAUACCAUGAUAAUUAUUGCCGCAGAAACAACACUUGUAUUCAAAGUUGGUUAGCCUUCGUAGCAGGCGCUUGCCUCGUUCUUUCGUGCGUCGUUUCUUCCAAGCGCCUGCUACGCAGGCUGACAGUUGGUAAUCAUUGUCAGUUGAAAUACUUCACAGAAGUAAUUCACAGGACAGAGGACAAAAUUACUGGAUGUUGCAUUUAAUGCACUGUUCUUGUAACACAUGAUAUGAAACUUGCUGACAAGAUGAUUUGCCUUGAUGUCUUCUUCAUAACCUUACAGGAACAUUUUGUGUAUGGGUUAAGGCACUACAAAUCGAACUAGAACAGCAAUAACUAUUCUCCUUUAAAUGAUACUUCUUGAAUGUAUUUUAUUACUCCAUUGUAGAUCCACCAGAAAAUGUGCUAUUGACAACAAAUGCCACUACUAAUAAAGCUUGUCAGAGUGAUGUAGUAAGCUUCACCUGCUCAGCCGAUGCUGUUCCAUCUGCGAUGUCAUUCCAGUUGUUUAAAGAUAACGUUCCUAUGGAGACAAGUGCCUCAGGAAUGUGGGUUAAAGCACUGUCAGAAGGAGGCAUGUUUCACUACAAAUGUGUAGCUAACAAUUCCAUUGGAUCAGCAAGCAGCACAAAUAUUAACAUUACUGUUUACGGUAAGUGAGACCGUAAAAGUACGUUGGUACUCAUGUUAGAUCGAUUUUCGAAUGACCUUGAAAAAUGGUUUCCGUAAGUGUUUGCUAUUUGUUUUAUCAGCCAAUGGAUGAAAAGAACAAAACACGGGCUCUUCAUGUUUCCGCCAAAGAAAACCCUAACAUGGAGAAGGCAUUAUUCGAUUGACCAAUCGUGUUGCAGUAUGACGUCAAAGCGAUUUCUAGAAAGUUCUUCGGGCAUGAAGUUUUUUCAGCCGAGCGUUCACUUAACCAACCAAAAGCCAGGUGCGUUUGCAUCCGUUCGAUAAACCGAUCAAAUCGCUUUAUUUCCGUUCGUUUGUUUUUUUGUUUUGUUCGUGCGUUUUCAUUUCAAAGUCAUACGAAAAUUGCUCUAACACUUUAUUAUGAUUUGACUGAUUCUAGUUACACACGAUCUGAUCUCUGUGUUCUCUGUACAUAUUCUGCCACAUCAGCGUUUAAUGAAAAACCACAGUGACAUCAUGGGCGUACACAUAACUGAGAAACUGUAUGGAAUAAAUUUCCUUAAUUAAGUAGAUGCGUGUAGACUUGUUCCUGGAAGAUUCCCCUCAUGGUUUCGACUUUUUUAAGCAACUACAGUGUAUUAAGAGUGAUGACAUUUUGUGUGUGAUACCCGAGGAGGUGCAAUUAGAUGGGAGAUGAGACGUGUACUUGUUUGCUGUUUUCAAAUGGUUUAUAUUAAUUCAUUAAUUCUUUCCUUAGAACUCAUAGUCUUAUGUUUUUGACCAGAGGAUGGACUCCUUUAAAGGGCACGAGUAGUGUCAGUUGGUUUAUAUCUGAAGCACAGUACAUGCUGCUGUAGUACUCACAUGUACUGUCACUUUUCUUCCAGUUCUCCCGAAACUUUCUAGGCCAAGUUAUGUGAAGGCCAAUUAUCGCUUACCUGGGGUUAAAUUUAAUCCCCGCAGCUAAUCAAAAUUAUUUUAUUGGAUAAUGUUCUCUUUUCAUUUUUGGAGCAUCCAAUCAUCAAAUUGUAGACAAAAAAAAUAAACUGAAUUUGCUUUUUAAGCCUUCAGAUCUGAAUUCAAAUUUUGCACUAAACCCAGCUUUGAACAACUCGCCUCUGCUGGACAGAUAGCUACAGAAUUUCAUUUACAUUUUCAAUCCAAAUGUCCCUUAAAAAGAGUUGUUCACUCAGUCGUCCGUAGCACGUACAGCUUUAGUAUCUGUGCUUGCAGUUUAAUCUUAAUGUCCCCAACUAUAAGGUCAAUCAGAAGAAACAGCUGUUAGUCUUUCUUUUUUUUAUACUUUCAUUUUCAUUUUUCACUCCAGUGCCAUCAACCAUCCAGCCUUUGCAAAACAAGACAACGACUGAAGGUGGUAACUUGAACCUGUCUUGUAAUGCAUUUGGUACUCCUCCGCCAGUCGUGUCAUGGGUGAGAAUCAGCACUGGUCAGUCACUGGAUGGUAGUGUGUUACAAUUCAUCAAUAUCAACAGGAGUGAAGCUAAAGACUACAGAUGUGAAGCCAGAAAUGAGUGUGGUAAUGCAUCAGAGGCACAAGACAUUGAUGUGCAGUGUAAGUAAUGAACGGAGUUCACCAAAUUCUGCCGUAUCGUUAAGGGGGCUUUGGCAUCCACGUUGGCGACGAUAGCAAAAACGUUACUUAAAAAGUAUACUGGUCCUCUUUCAAACAUCAUCGCUAUUAUUCCGCUGUGUUCAAUUUGUCAAAUGUUGUCAAUUUUGCUUGAUUUGACGUCUGUGGACUAUAUCUAACUUCAGAAAAAAAUCGUUCUGUUUUGAUCACGUCCUCUAUAAAACGCUAAAUUAAGAAUUUUCACGUCGUAGUCGUACAACGAGGUCAGGAAAUGUAAAAAAAAAAGAAAGAAAAGAAAGUGUGAUGCACCUGCAAAGCUGGUGUUUUGCUCAUCUAAUCCUAUAUUGCUCUUUUACCGUUCCCGUUCACGUUGCCAUCGCUAUCGUCGUUGUUUAAGCACCCUGCUAAGCUUUCAGUCUGUCUGAAUAUACAGCGUCGCGUUUCGGGGGAAGAAGAGAGAGAGCCUGAGUACGAGUUUGUUAGAUUGACAUCAUAGCGGGGCUCCCACGCGCGCGAAGAGUCCCAUACCCAUAGAUUAUGGUCAACCUCUUUUCGUUUGGUUGUCACGUGAUUGACCGAGCGUACGUACGUACGCGUCUACGGAUUGUACGGGUGGGGUAGGGGAGACUAUCAAAAGGAAGGGAGGGGUGUCUCAGGCGUGUCUUGCCAAGUCCACAUCUCUUACAUUGGACAUUCACAAUAUGGUCAAUUGACAGCUGUCAAAACAGGAUAGCCACUGACCAGUAUCCCAUGACCAUAUCGCGGGCUCAUGUGUCAACUCAUUGAGUUGACGUGAUUUAUUUGGAAGCUGUCCGCUGACCAGUUAAUUAUUUUACUAGAUUGCGAUCAAUGUUCAGUCUCAUACUUUCUAGCUAGUUUGGGAUCGGAGCCCAGGAAAACUGAUACACGUCAAUGUUGUGAUCCAUUGACAGCAGUCAAAACAAGGUAUCCGCUGACCAGUAUCACUUGACUGUAUCUCUGGCUCGCGGGGUCGACCCAUCGAGGUCAAGUGUUUUUUUGAAGUUAUCCGCUGACAAGGUACUGUUUUUCAAAUGAUCGCAGGCUCAAGUUUAAUUUUUUUAAAAAAUUCAUAUGAAAUAUGUUGUGUUUAUGUGCCGCACAAUUAAAAUUUUGAUUUCAAACUGACCUCGGACGCGAAAAUUCAGCCAGCUGCUACAGGCAGGGAAGAGAGUUGCUUUUGACUUUUCUCGCCAUGUUCACGCGUUGGUCACGCUCUACGUCCAAUUUUUAUGCUCUGAUUGGUCAAAAUUUGACAGGUGAGUUCAUGCUGAAAAUUUAUGCAGCAUCUUGAAUCUUGUUUACUUUGACAGCUGAAGCUGACAGAGUUUUGUGUCAACUUGUGAUGUUUUUAACUCUCUUUUUCCACUGCAUGUACAAAAUGAAAUUCAGCCGCUAUCAGGAGUCUUCUGUUAUUCAUGGCUAGUUUGUUUAUUGGGUUUUUGGGUGAGUCAAAGUCGGAAAUCCGAUUUCGGAUGGCAUCGUUUUCGUUUUCAUCUUGCUUAAUGCGUAAGAGGGUUGCAAAGUCUGAAGCGAUACUGGCCUUACUUGAUACCUUUCAGGAGCUGCAUCUCGAGUGGUAAGCCUAAGUAAUUAUUGUAUUUGAUGUUUGUUUUUUAUUCCUAAUUUAAUGAAGUCGAGCAUAGUUUAUGCGGCUAUUUUGUUGUAAGAUUUGAGGACAAUGAUCUGACCGAGUAUCAGGUUUGUUAUAAGCUUGAUCUGACAGUAUCAGGUUUCAUAUAAGCUUACAGAUCUUUAAAAAUCCUUUAGACAUUUUCUCACCGCAAAUAGAAAGAAAACGUUUCAAAGAAUAUUUAGUUAUAAUUCUGGCUGUAAAAGAAAGGUUUGAGCGAUUUUCUUGCCUCGAGUUCGUCUUCCGGGAAGCCGGCUUAAAACAUAAACUUCAGCUUUAAGCUUGAAGACUCAGGAUUUUUAGAGACCUUUUAAUACUUGUCUUCCUGAAUGAAAAUUGUCGUGUCUGUACUUGUUUCACCGAAUGUUAUUUCUUUUAUUGAUUGUUCGUACUCUCUCUUGUUAGUACUGUUUACGGCUAAAGCCCACGCGUGCUUCGAUCGUCCUGAAUAGCAAUUUGUAUCGCAAUAUUGUGAAAUACUGCAUUCUGUUGUCAGAGGUCUGUAUGAUAAAAACAGUGCCUCAUAGUACUGUUUCACCUCAGAUGUGAUGUAUAAAUGAUAUAAAAGGUUGGUUUACACGCACCCAGAUUUGUUGGCAAGAUUUUGUAAAAUAAACUUGUGGAACGCAAAAAAUUCGGCCGGAAUUUUUUUUCCAGGCCUAAUUAAUCUACGGUGAUCAAGAGCCAUUAUGGCUCUUAAUAAAUGUGAUCGAAGAUGAUUGCCAGUUUUUGGGUGUACUUAUGAGGCUAUCAACUCGAUGUGAGAUUUGGUUCACUCUUGGGCUGUUUGCAAAUUAUUUUUUGUAAAAUCACUUAACCUUUCCCUGAAAAGUCACACGAAUGUGCUCUAAAGUUAACUGAAUUGUGGAAUACAAGUUUAUUGUUUGAUUUAAAUUACAAAUUUAUUAAUGGCAGCCUCGCUUUUAGCCCCGGCUAAAUCUAUAUAUUAUUGACAUCGUCUGUUUAGCUCUUUUGCCCUUCUAAAAAACAAGGACUUUACACGAGACGAUGUUGAAGGGAAUUGAGCUCUUUCGUAAAUUUUGCAUUGAAAUGAACGUGACUUAGACGAAAUUUGAUUGCCCUGUUCUCCAAAGCCCAUUGAGCAGUAAUCCAGGAUUGAAUUUGUUUUCACUGUCUUAUGGAUUAUUUGUGGACCUUUCUUAGACUGUCAUUUUUGGUUUACAGGACCGUUUCUCUGACUUAAGACUCGCAAGUUUUUAUGAGCUGUUUUAUUAAAGGAAUUUCCUUUAAAAAUUAGGACAACGUUUUGUCUGAUGUUCACCGUAAUACAUAGACUGCCAUGGCAAUACAAUUAAGCGGACCAACGGCUUAAGAGUAGCAUUGAAGUUAUAGUGUCUUUGGUGGUUGUCUGAAUAUUGUUUCCGUUUUUAUCUUACAUAUAUGUAUGCUACACUGCUUUGGGAGAAAAUCCCAUAUAUACAAGUGAAUGGCGUCUUUUGGCCAAUGUCUUGGUUUUUUCCUAGCUAUCAUGCCACAUCAUAUGUUGAUUGAACUUUGUCAUGUAAAUAUAAACAUUGUUUUUCCUAUAGACAAGCCAGAGAACGUUCAGCUAACAACAAACGCCAGUGCAAACAAAGCAUGCCAGAAUGACAUCUUGAAACUUACUUGUUCAGUCGGAGAUGCCAAUCCAGAAGUGACUUCAUAUCAGUUGUUUCGAAAUGGCACUGAUGUUGGGGAAAGCAACACAAGAAUGUGGGUUCAAACACUGUCAAACACCGGAGUGUUGAUGUACAAAUGUGUGGCAAACAACUCUGUGGGAAGUUCAGAAACCCCGAGUGUUUCUAUCACCGUUAAUGGUAAUCAUGAAUUUCAUUUUUCAUGUCCGCCUCUUUUCACCCUUUCAGCAGAGCCUUUCUAUUGCUAGUUUGAUGUUGGCGCGCUCGAUAAAGACUCUGCUUGCAUCAAAUAAAAUCUAGCCUCUUUUAACCCUUCCUGCAGAGCCUUUCUUUUAUUUUAUUAGCUUUGGCCGGGUGGUCAGCGCGUCGGAUUCGCAAUCCGCACGUUCCGGGUUCGAGUCCCGCUCUGGCGACUUUGGAUUUGUUCUUGGUCGUCCCGAGUUGAAAUCCUCGGUCACGCUUGUAAAUAGCCAACUGGUUGCCUUCUGCUAGUUGGCGCUUUUAAUCCUGUUAUGUUGUAUUAUUUGUUUCUAAGUAUUUGAGUGCAUAAGUUAAGUGCACUUUCCACUAUAAACAAGCCACACUCGAGAAAGACCCUGCUUGGAUCGAGUAAGAUCUUAGUUUAACAUGCACUGAAUGUUGCUUAAUAGCGUAAUAGCUGUGAGCUUGGUACAGCAGGCUCAGUUAUGACCAUGGGUUUAUCAGUAAACGAAUGCUUGCACUCGAAAAAGCCUCCAAACUAGUGCAGAAGUUCGGGAUGCGGCAACUUCAAAGGUUUGACACGAUUCAGGCAGAGUCCCCUUAACAUCUCCUCCAUAAUUAAGAUAUGAAAAGGAGGCUCAGGCUGUGCUCACAGGGUGAACUCUUUCAUGUAGUUGUUCAAAUUUGUAAUAAUGUUUUGGGGGUUGAUGACAAGGAGUUUUGGAGAGUAUUCGCUUCCUAUCACGCUGGGAAAAAAAGUGCUAAAACCUCGGCCAAAAGAUUGGGAGCGUGAUAGAUUGGGGGCAUGAUUAUAACUAUCUUUCCUUUAAAGGCAUGACACUGAAAUUAAUACAGGCAACAAUACUUGACUCCCGAAAAAUUUUGGAGUAGGCGUUUUCUUGGUAAAGAGUCACGUGACCCUCUAGUGGCCAAUUAAAAAAUCAAAACUCCCAACGACUUCUCCUCCAAGGGAAUUAAACCUGUAAGUGUGAAACUUUGCAGAGAUAUAGUGCACAUAAAAUUGAAGAACUUGUCCGAUUUGAAAUCUCAAAUUUCAUUUUUGUGACGCCACAACUGGUGACGUCACAAAAUGGGCUUUUUGGUCAUACGCAGUACUAACCCCAAAAAUGGAGAAUUUGAAAGAAUAACUUAAUACAAAUACAAAGUGAAAGUCUCAACUCAUUAUCUUCUAUAGUUUAAGAGAUAUUUGUAACAUUCCACGCAUAUUUUUAAACAGACUUUGGACACAUUUUGUGGCCGAUUUUUAGCACUUUUUUUCCCAGCGUGUAUUGCGGUAGUCCUUUCGUAUGUACCUGCGUGACUGUCCAGCCCCUCGGUUUUUAAUAGUGACGAUGCUAUCCAUUGGAUAAACGGAACUGAAAUAGAGCUGGUUGCCAUUCAUCAAGUUUAGCUGAAACCUUCUUAAUCUUCUGCAUGAGCUUUGCCCAUCCGUAUUUGCCUUUUCCGAAAUUUAUCUUGCGUUUUCUGCAAUUUGAGGCACCUAUUUAGUCAGAUCUUUGAAGGUUUGGUAAUUGCUUAAAAGUAGUCCUACCUACGCCUUCAAUUUUCCUCUUACGUUUCCGGUAUUUGAUUGCAGUGCCACCGACUAUCGCGCCAAUUCUAGAUAAGACAGUUAACGAGACUGACAACUUAACUUUGCUCUGCCUGGCAACUGGUGUCCCUUUACCCUUUGUUUCCUGGGUGAAGGUUAGCAGUGGACAGCGCACAAAUGGAAGUUUGCUACAACUCACUAAUAUUAGUAGGAGUCAAGCUGGGGAAUACAGAUGUGAGGUCAGCAACGAAUGUGGCAAUGCAGUGGAGACAGUGAACAUCGCCGUACCAUGUAAGUUGCAAAGGUGUCACUCAUGCCAUGGUAUUUUGACAAUCGUGUAAAUUUCUGUAUUUUAAGAAGAGCGAGAAAUGUCGCUAAGAAAUCAUGAAUUCCUUUAGCUUGAGAAAACAGCCGGCUUUUCGCGAAGCCGCCACUGGUUUCCCCGCGAAAUGACGUCUUAGCAAGAAGCGCAGAAAUUCCACACUGAUAAUGCGCCACUACCCAGAUCUGGGCAGUGCUUCUGAUUGGAUGAAGAAAAUUAUCAACCAAUCAGGAGUACUACCUAGAUCUGGGUAGUGACACUUCAUCAGUAUGGAAUUUCUGCGCUCAUUCCUCAGACUUCAUUUUGCGGGCAAGCCUGUGGUGGCGUUACGAAAUGUCGGCUCUUUUCUCAGGCUAAAAUUCCUGUUGUUAAAAUUUCUUGAGCAUCAUAAUGAUGCAAAAUCAGGGUAAAGUAGUACACUUCUAUUCCUGCUCCUCUAGUUUUUAGUGUUUGCCUGUUAGACUUCCUUCAAAACAUUCGGACGAUUCGGACGAUUAUAUGGCUACUGCAUGUAUACAGUGACAUACGAUCGCCCGCAACUCUUUUUUAUAUGAUUGUGUCGACUGCUAAACACAUUAUAAUACCCUUCCUAGAUAAGUCUUCCCGACUUAUGCAGGAAGAUUGAAAAGCCACUGCUCGCUAGAGAAAUUUUAGACGAACCGGGCGAUCGAUACGACCCAGACGAUUAUAGAGAAGGAAGGUGGAAACAAGGGAUAACACCUCGGAAAACUACUUGGUACUGUGCGUUUUAGACAAAUUUACGUUGAUCUAAUACUAAAAUGACCUUGACGCUACUCUUCCUAUAUCCCCCAAGCUUAUGGCAUGAUUAAGGGGUGUUGACAGUAAAUGUCGUUGCAGCUGAAAAUACAUUAAUUAUUUUUUUAGUCAAACCUGAGAAUGUACGCUUGGUAGCGACCAACAUUGGGGAUGAAGCCUGCCAGAACGAUUCUGUAUCCCUGAGCUGCUCAGCUGAUGCUAUUCCACCAGUCUCGUCUUAUCAGUUUUUUGAAAAUAAUGUUCUUUUGGGAAGUAACAAUUCAGGAAUGUGGACCACAUCACUAUCAAGUAGUGGAAUGCUCAUCUACAGAUGCGUCGCCAGCAACCUUGUAGGAGCAGCAAUCAGCGUAAAUGUUUCGAUCGAUGUUGGAGGUACUGUCCUCCCUUUUUACUUGAAGAAUGUUUUUUUCCGUUUUGAAUAGAAAAAGAAAAGUGAAAGAAAAUCACGCGCGCACAUAUCGUUUUCGAAUAGUUUUACUAGUUCAAAAAAGCUUACCUUCCAUCAAUUUGUUCGCGAAAUACGCGAUUCCUUACCCAUUCAGGCGAGCUGCGUUGUUUCCACCAGGGCGGAUAAAUAUUGGGCGGUGAAACGAGCGCUCCGCUCUUCAUUUAAUGUGUGACGCGGAGUAGGACUGGCACGAGCGCUCUUUCCGCGCUUCCGGUGCGCUUGAAGGCCGGCGAAGUUUUCCUUUUUGCAAACCGGAAAUCCUAUUUACUUUCUGUAAUUUCAGGCUACAAUGUUAAAUAGAUAAAUUCGUUUCAUAACAAUAUCAAUAAACAGUUUCAUAUGUUUGUGUCUGUAUGCCCAUAAUUGAAACUUGUUGGUCGUAUAAUGCCAGAAUUUGAGUUAAAUUUGAAAGUGUUGAACACCUCCUCCUUCCACUAAAUAUCACCUAAUCAUCUUUCUUCGUUUCGUUUGCAAAAGCCUGACACUUCUUAACACCAAUUUUUACAUAUGUUAAAGGGGGAUAAAUUUUAUAUAACAUAACCCAAAAUUAGAUUGAUAUAUUUUGAUGUAGUGGCGUUGUAAUGCUUUAAACUAUAUCUCUCGGGUGCAACGCGCCAUGGGGAUUCGCACAAUGAGUCGCAAAUCCGGCAACCGCAUGUAAACAAAAUGUAUUGAAGUUAGUUGUAAGGUUUUUUCUCCGUUUUUCUCCCUAAAAUAAAACAAGGUACACAGUAAAAACUGAGGGGAAACUAAUUUCGAAGUUUCGAAGAUACAGAAAGACGUAUGAAAUGUUUUUUUUUUUCAAAAUUAAAAAGGAGGAUGAUGGUGAUUGAAAUUAGCAUAAUUUCACCUUGCACGAGCUGCACGCAUUUAUAAAAUACACGUCAUCUAGUUAUGAAAUACGAUCUGCUGUCUUUUAGUUUUGCCAUGGAUGACAUGGAUGAGAAAUCCCUUCGUGUUGUAGACAGUACUUAGUUGUUUUUGUUUUGGAAUAACAUCGACAUUGGCGAGUAGUUGAUCGAAAAUAUAUAUUUCAGUGGUAGAGUCAUGGAAGUAAUACGAGAAACCCUUUGAAAGAGAUGUUUGUCUACUCCAACUAAACCUCCCGCGAAAAUAGCAACAUUUGCCUCUCGGAGACAGCGUACCAGCACAAAGGAACGAGGAAGAGAUGCAAGAAAACAAAUCAAGCCGCCAUAAUUCAGUGACAGCGGCAGUGUCUAAUGGACAAACCACAUCGCAAGCCCUGACCAAAGUCGAAAACAAGCGACAUUUCUAAGCUGAGUCCCAGUCCACUGCAUCACACCUGUUUGCUCGUACGAGCUCGUUUCACUGGCUAAGCUUUAUCUGCUCGGGUUUCGACUAAAUUCCACUGCGCUAUUCUUACAGAAGAGACUAGAAGUAGUAGCAAGAUUUUGUUUUAUCAAUUAAGUCGACAAAGACAAUUUUCUCCUAUAUUUUGUACACAGAUACCCCUUGAACCGGCACGGAAACUAUAUACGUUAGGUGUUUUGUUCACAGGCGAGAACGUAAGAUGCUGCGACGCGCCGAUCUUGAAAGUCACAGAUAAAUCGGAUACGUUUCUGUGCCACUCUUUAGCUCAGUGUAAACAGGCUUUCAUACGAUACCAGAUCGCUUUUUUAUUUCGACAAGAAAGGCUUUCCGGUGUAUUGUAGAUAUACCCUUAGCCUGGUUAGCUCAGUUGGGAAAGCGCCGCUCUGCUGAGCGGCUCCGGGCGGACCAAGACUCAGGGUCUUGAAAUAACUGAGAAGAAAGUGCUGCCUUUGUAAUGACAUCUGCGAACGGUUAUUCUUUCUAGUCUUCUCGGAUAAGGGCGAAAAACCUUAGGUCCUGUCUCACAGCACUUUCACUUAUCUGGUUCUUGUGGGACGUAAAAGAACCCACACCACUGUUCGAAAAAAGUAGGGCACGUAGACGGCGGUGGUGUGGCCAACCUUCACACAUCAUUCGCAUCAUGGGUUGGGUGGGUACAGUAAGCUCAUAGAUGGACUGAGAGCGGCUGCCAGAGGCGCCUUUGUAUGCUGACGUCCGAGCUUAUAUUGUAAAGAGGGCACGUCUGUUGUCCUGUCAUCUAUGACUCUUUCGUUCCUUUCAAAGUUAACCAUGCUGCGUUCUUAUGCCGUGAAGCUGGUGUUAUAUGGCACAUGCAGCUCGUGCAAAGAAAACCAAUUAAGAAGAAAACGGCAGUAAAAAGAAUAUAAUAGUACUCUUUCAACAUUUAUUCUGGGACUCCGUGUAAUUUUUGUUUGAUUGCAGUACCGUCAUCCAUCCGAUCAAUACAAAAUGAGACUUUGGUUGAAGGUUCAAGCCGGAAUCUGACCUGUAGCGCGUCUGGAAUCCCUCCACCCACCGUUGCUUGGAUCGACGAGGGCAGUGGUCAACGCACACCAGGAAAUGUUUUGAGGUUGAUUGAUAUUUACAGAAAUCAAAGUGGAGAGUACAGAUGUGAAGCAAGCAAUAGGUGUGGCAAUAAGUCAGUGACUACAUUCGUCCAUGUGCUUUGUAAGUGAAGGGAAUAAUAAUCAUAAGAAUAUGUACAGUGAAACCUGCAUUAAGCUUACUUCGUUUUAAUAAAUCCCUUUCCAGUAUCUUUUGCGUCGCUGAAUUUAGCGAUAUCUAUCUGUAAUUUUCAUGUUUGCAGAAAGAUUAGCCUGCGAACUGCAGACGUGUUUCCGGUGGUCGCUUCUCUCCCUUUCGAAAUUUUCGAAGGGAGAGAAGCGACAACCCGAAAUACGUCUGCAGUCCACAGGCUACAGAAAGAUGGAACAGGGCAGAGUAUAAUUCGUAUGUGAUAUAAAAAAAACUUGGGCUGAUCAGAUGGCUUGAUUGUCCAUGUGAAAUUAUAUGAAAGUUGCAUUUCAACUCACCUUCCAAACAAUUCCUGUAUGUUUUUUUUUUCUUUCUGCCUUCUGCCUUCCUCUUCCAUUUUCCCCCAUUUAUGCUUUUUUCUUAUUUAGUCGCCCCCUUGCCCGUCUUGUCAUUUCAGGAGGCCAAAAUAUUCAAAAUGUUUCGCUGUUGGUGUCCUUACAAAAUAUUCCAGCCAUUGUUCUUAAUACGUCCCACUUGAAGCCGCUCUUAUCGACUUUUUCUUUGUAUUUCUGUAUUUUUUGUUUGUAUUUCUUUGUAUUUCUUAGCUAUUUCCCCUGACUUCGAAUUGAAAGCGUUCAUUUUUGUAAGAGCGGUUCUCAUUGAAAGCGUUCAUUUUUGUAAGAGCGGUUCUUUCCAGCGUCCACGCUUCACUGCCAUAGGUGGCUACUUGAAAAACGCAAAAAGUUUUGGGAAUUUUUGCGAUGUAGUUGUGCCUGAAGGUCGUGUACACCGAACCUGGCGUAGUAACAGGUGGUAUAAAGAGUACCUACAACCUCUGGUUUUAAUAAUACGUUUACUUCCUGCCAAGUUUAAAACGGAGGACGAGGAGGAGGUGUGAAUUUCCUUUUGCGAUUCGUAGACGUUGGCUUUUGCUAGUUCUCGACUCGACUAACUUGAAAGACUUCUCGCAAUCCAAUGCAAACUAACCUUGACUGUAACUAAUAUUUUAUUAUUGUCUUUUUUACGUAGACCCUCCAGUCAUAACACACAUUUCUAACAACCAGACAUUGAAUGCAGGCUCCAGUGUGACUCUGAACUGCUCAGCAGAUGGUAAUCCACCUCCAGUCAUCAGCUGGACAAGAGUAUCCGAUAACAGUGCUGUCGUCUUUCCUUUGACCAAUAUUGAACUACAGCAUGAAGGAACCUACAGAUGCACUGCUAAUAACAGCGUUGGAAGUGCUAUUACUGGAGACGUAUCCAUUGUUGUAAAAGGUACAACUUUUACGUUCAUGCGCGACCUUCAAUACAUUGCCUCUAUUUUAAAAAUAUUACGUGGAUUAACAGAUAAUAAUUACGCGACAGCCACAGGGGAAAUCCCCCAUGUCCAAAUUGUAUUAUUUGCAGAUUUCUUGUCGUCUAUCUACAAUAAAACAUAUACAGCAGGUUGACGUUUUAAACAAAACCAUAAUUUUUUAGUUGUUGCCGUUUUAGUGUAGUGGUUUAGUGUUAAACAGGAGCCUUUUGAAAGUCAAUGACUUCUAUGGAGUCAAGUUGGCAUCCAUAAGAACUGUUAUUUAUUUUCCAAUAUAUGAACAGGUGGUUGUGCAGUUGGAUGCUCUAAUCAACGGAAAUGUCGAAAACUCGGGGAAUUUUACUUCUGUUUGUGUGAUCGAGGGAAGAAAGGACCAGAUUGCGAAGACACUGGUACGUGUACUGCCACAUUAAUCAUGAGUCAAUUAUCGUAAUUACCUGAGUACCUUCUCCGAUCGUUCACUUUUUUUACUUAUUAUCUCCAUGUUAUCAAGGCAGGAAGUAUCAAUACAGCUUUUCUACCAUCGCAUACACUUUUUAAACGGUGGUUUUGCGUACUUUUUUUCUUGUAUGUGGUUCAAUUUUAUCCUUAGUUUAAAUUUUAUUUUUUUCGUUGCUCGUGGGGAUGGUAUUAUUUGAUAAUGAGCUGAAACAAAGAAAAUAAAAUUUGAACCAAGGAUAAAAUUAAUCUACAACGUUAUAAAACUCGCGUAUUAAUGUGUCAACAAGUUUUAGGGCUCGAUUUGAAGUCGCGUUUUUUGUGUUGCAUUGAUUGCGUAUGCAUUGCUCUAUUAUUAUCAUUAUUAUUACCAUUAUUAAUUUAAUUUUUGUUAUGAAUAUUCCCCCUUGUUACUUCCCAGAACAACUUGUGAAGACCGUAGAAGUCCGCUUCAAAUUUCCUCGGCAAUAUAAACCUGUAUAUGACGACCUUGAUGCUAAAGAAACCAAAGAGUUUACUACCCAAAUUGUGAAUGCUGUAAGUCUCAUUUUCGUCCAUAUCUUUAUUCCAUAAAAUUUCAUUUUUACGUGGUUGUCAUUUUCUGUCAAGACUGUUGCAGUUCAAGAUCUUCUGUUAAACGGCGUGUACAUAUAAAAAACAAUCCUUUCAAAUCGUGUAGGAUCACGAUUUGUUCUUGUUGAGGUAGGGAAACCCCAAACAUGCUAUAAUGAAACUACUUUUUAAGAACUUUUUUUGUCAAGAUGGAGUCACUAGACGCCAAGGGAAAGAUCUUUGACACCUUGCUCCGCAUUGCAAGUUUUGCACCGAAAACUUACCAAUCACUACACAGAACGAGAAAUCACUAAGCUGUAUGAUAAUUUCAUCUAUCCUUAGAUUUUAACUUUGUUUGCCAGCUUGGCCGCGGAAUUAUGAAGCUAUCCUUAGCUUAGAUAUUUCUCACGCAUUUUCUUAUAACCACACGUAGUUGUUAAGAAACAAUAUCUGUAAUAGUAUCCUAGUAAAUUUGGUCCAGUGUUAACUCGUGGCUAUCUUGUCAUAUAAUUUCAUCAUGAAGACGCGUUUCGUUAUUGUGGCUUAAUUGUUUUUCGAUAGAGGUCGGGAAACGCAGCUUUUAUUUUUUGGAGGGUACUCUGGCCUGCUUAUUUUUAAUCAAACUGCAGAUAGUUAUUUUGAGCUCGGAGUUGGAGUCAGACACUUGCAUAAAAACUGAGAGGAUAUUUGUUUUUGAAAGACCCUUAUUAUUUUCACAGGCUGAGGACGAAUAUAAUAGCCAAGGUUUCGAAGUGGAAAGGGUAAUAGUAACAAAAUUAAGGUAAGUUGUAGGAAUCUUAAGGUUUUACUUUUGCAUGGGAAGAGUGCUUGGACAGGAGAAAAAUCCAACUGCCUCUUCAUUUCCUAGGGAAGUAGGCCCCUGUGUACCUUUUCCUAGGGACGUAGGCCCCUGUAUCUUUUCCUGGGGGUGUAGGCCCCUUUACAUUUCCUAGAGAUUUGGCUCCUGUACCCUUUUUGGGGAUGUAGGCCCCUUUACAUUUCCUAGGGAUGUAGGCCCCUGUACUUUUUCAUAGGGAUGUAGGCUCCCGUACCUUUUCUGAGGGAUGUAGGCAACGUUCACACGGGACCGAAUUAAUUUUCGACAGGUUGGAAAUUCGUGCGUUUGAGUGUUCGUUUAUGAAGACGCCUAGCCGCUCAAAGUUCCGUGUGAACGUUUGAACGGUGCUGUGUAAGCGUAGUGUCCGGUUAGAAUAUUCAUCGGGUCGAAAAUUCGGCCGGUACCGUGUCAACGUAGUUGUAUUUAUGACUGAGGUGUCCAAUUAUCCCUCAAAUUCGACUUGUUUGAUACCAUUCUGUUUUAAUGCAUUGUCAACAAAACCUUCAGCAUCCCCAACAUCAUCAUCAUUGUCGUCGUCGCUCUCGAUUUUCUCCUGUCCUCCCCUUUUUUCAGUUGUUUUAUCUUUCACGCUUAUUCACCCUUUUGGCUUUCUGGUUUUUCCUGACAGUCAAGGAAGCGUGAUUGCAGAUUUGGAGGUGCAAUUCAAAAACGACGUUAGUGAAAGUGAGAUACGGGAAUUGACCGAUAAGAUAACUGAAGAUGGGAAGCUUGGCCCGUUGAGUGUAGAUGAUUUCAGUGUUGGACCAACUGCUCAACGUUAGUACUGUUCUCAGUAAUUUUUUUUCCGAUCAUUCUAAGAUGCUGUACAAAGUCCCUUAUGUAAAUCUUACAAUCAACAUUAUAUAAAUUGCCCUAUAUAACUUAAUCCUUAAAGUGUUGACCUUAAGACUCCUUAAAGUCUUCAAUUUAAGACCCCUUAAAGUGUUUCACUUUAAGACUCCAAGUGUUCACUUUAGGACUCCUUAAAGUGUUCACUUUGAGAACCCUUUGAAGUGUUUACUUUAAACUCCUUAAAGUGUCCACUUUAAGACUCCUUAAAGUGUUCACUUUAGGACUCCUUAAAGUGUUCAAUUUUGAGAACCCUUUGAAGUGUUUACUUUAAACUCCUUAAAGUGUCCACUUUAAGACUCCUUAAAGUGUUCACUUUAAGACUCCUUAAAGUGUUCACUUUAGGACCCCUUAAAGUGUUCACUUUAAGACUCCUUAAAGUGUUUACUUUAAAGUGUUCACUUUAAGACUCCUUAAAGUGUUUACUUUAAAGUGUUCACUUUUAGAACCCCUUCAAGUGUUCAGUUUAAGACUCCUUAAAGUGUUACUCUUAAAGUGAACACUUUAAGACCCGUUGAAGUGUUCACUUUGAAACUCCUCAAAGGGUUCACUUUUAGAACCCCUUAAAAUCAGGGAAAAUUGCCGAGGAAAAUAUAAAGGCAACAAAAAAUAUAAAUUUCAGUUUUUCAAAUUCGAGCGCGCUUAGCCAAAAUUUUAAAACUAGAACAUCGUGUCGCCGUCUUUUCAAAACUUUUUUGUUUUCUACGCCAAUAGAAAUAACCUUUAAGAACGAAUGUUGCUAAGGAUUGAGCAAAAUUGGAAAUGGUCAAACAAAACCUUCCCCCAGACUUUGUGUGUAGUUAGUACUUCAGAUGAAACUACUCACUGUGGCAUUUGUUUGACUUCUAACAAAAACCUGCACUGGGCAUCAGGGGGGCGACGGGGGGGGGUUGAGUUUGAACCAAAAAAUUGCAUUUUGUGGGACAAUUUUCUCCUUGAAAAUUGGAGUUUUGUUGGGUAAAUAUUUCAGAAAGCAGACUAACAGUUAAAAAUCUGUUUACAUGAUCGAUAGCAAAAUAUCACCUUUCCAUAAAAAUGUUAUCAAUUUUUCUCUUAAUAUUCCCUCAUCUUCAGUGCAUAUCUACAAAGUUUCCUUUACCACUGACAACUUGCCAAAUUACUGAAGCUGCUUAUGAUGGGCAGAAACAUAUUUUUCCUUAGCGUGCAUGAAAAUGGUACUCUGUUAGAUACUCUUACUACUUGUCUACAAGGUAAUGUAUCUUAGUCACGCAAUGUUCACGUCACAAGCGCUGCACUGAUUUUAUAAUUAUUCUUUCCUCUAUAUAAAAUUUUAGAAUUUUCAUGAAUUCGUGUAAGUUUUAUUAAGCAUAAAAUCAGAAAAACAGUGUACCCAAUCCUAUUUUAGCUUGCUGAUCAAAAAGUUUCAAAGUAGACCUUCUUUCUGAAUUUGUAUGAAGGCCUCGCUACCCGGGGGAGGGGAGGAGGUCCUAAAAGUUGUUCGUAUGGCUGACUCACGGCUGCAGUGAACUCAAAAAAAGCAAGCGUCACGAGGAAACAGUUCACUAUCUUUAACAGAAAGUUAACGAUGAUGUAGCCUGCUAAUACAGCUGUCUCUCAUCCCUCUACACGUUUCGCGCAACGUCCCAGCGACGGAGUACGAUGAGGGGCUGCCGUAUUCGCAGGCUAAGAAGUCGGGGUGCAACAAGUUUUGACUUGCGAAAGUCGAUUCAUCCCCUUACGAACUUGCGUCGCAAUCGAGUCCCGCCAGGAUCACAAGGUCAUUCUUCUGAAAUAGAAACUGCAGUGGGAAUUUUGUGAAACUUAGUGAACUUUAAGUUUGAAAUAAAAUUGGAGGGUCCCCAUACUCGUUUAGGUGCAACGGCAACUCGUAUAUACACAAUAAUUCUUUUAAAUACCAACAAUAUUGUACGUUUUUUUUACGAGUGCAUGCUUUUAACAAGUUUCAGACGACUGGUUCUUUUUUUGCAUUUCUGCACUGAAAAUUAGUUUUUAUUUUUUCUAGAGAAAGAAAGCUAUUGCUUAUUUUAGAAAAAGGGGAAAUGAUAGUUCUUCAUACUCGUUUAAGAGAAAAUGGAGAUUUACAUCUGUGGGAAGUUCCAUUUUGUUAUGAUGCUGGCACCAGACGUCACUAAACUUGAAGAAGACUAUUUGUGCUAUUUCAAAAAUAUUCCUUAUUAAAAAAAUACCUUUUUGGGGUUGUUGAUCUUCAAGCAAAUUUGGUCUUAUUCAAAAGACCAUUUUUUUCUUCACAUUGCUUGUUAUGCGACGAACACGCUCAUCAACUUCCUUCACUAGCGUUUCUCGAUUUAAAAGUUUCGGAAUAACUUUUAUUAACCAUCUAUUAGUUUAUUUCAUUGUAAAUAAACUUGUAGUUAGCUAAUUUGGGGGAAUAAUUCGAGUCAAAUGUGGGUUUGGAAUGAGGGGAAAAUUUUAGCCUCGUUUGGAGGUCAUUGUAGUUAAAAGCUUGGUAAACAAAUUUUUCGUGUUCAACACAUAAUUGUCACCUAGAAAAAAAGUAUUUACCAACCUUUUCUCGAUUUUGCCUACAGAAGUUUUAUUGGCGGCUUUUUAUCAUAGGUUGUCCCAGUCCAAUUGCACUCAUUCAAUAUUCAGGACGAUCGGAGCACGCGCUUUCAAAUUAUACUACAAGUUGCCUACAUCAUAAAAUGUUUGCAUGCAGAGAAUUCCAUAACACAACAAUCUGCUCCUAUGUGGUAUGCAGGGUAAUAAUGCGCUUUUAGCGAAAACGUUAAGAAAAAUCCAAAAUCAACUCUACGGCCAGCCGGUUCUCACUUUUGUUAAGCACCAAAUUUGCAGUGCGAGCUGUUUGCGGGGGUUUGAAUGAGCAUUAAUAGAGUUACGCUUCAAAAUUAUGAAGAAUUUAUUAUAUUAAUUUUCGUUGUGUUUUUUUUAGGCGCCGCAUUUUGAGUACUCCUGCAUGCGAUGUCAUGUACGACUAAAAACAAACGACACAGCGAUUAAAAUUGCGAAAGAGACUACUAAACAAUCAAUAAAAGAAAUAUAAUUCGGUGAAACAUUUACAGAGACAACAAUUUUCAUUCACGAAGACAAGUACUGAGAGUAAAAUGUCUCUGAAAAUCCUGAAUUUUUAGCAUAUAUUAAGCUUAAAACCUUGCAGAUUGAAGCUUAUGUUUUAACACGGCUUCCCGAUAUUUGCUAUUUUUAAAGAUGAACGCGAGGCAAGAAAAUCGCUCAAAGCUAUCUUUUUACAGCCAAAAUUAAAACUAAAUAUUCUUCGGAACGUUUUCUGUGUAUUUGCGGUCAGAAAAUGUCUAAAGGCUUUUUAAAGUUCUGUAAGCUUAUAGCAAACCUGAUUAAAGCUUACAAACGUGCAUAAACGGGCAUAAACUAGCCGCAUAAACUACGCUCGACUUCGUAAAAUAAGCAUCAAAUGCAAUAAUUACUCAGGCUUACCAGUCGAGAUGCAGGUCCUGAAAGCCAUCAAAUAAGGCUAGAAUCGCUUGAGACUUUUCAAGCAAGGUGAAGUGAUUAAGCUCAUUUUUGAAAACGAUGUUCUCCGAAAUCGGAUUUCCCACAAGCGGCGCAUUUCUUAACCAAAAUCCAAUGAACAAACCAGCCAUGAAUGAAAUAUUCUUGGUAGCAGCUGUAUUUUAUUUUGUACAUCGAGUGGCAGUUAAAGUGAUCAGAAGAUGACGCAAAACUCUGCCAGCUUAAUUAAGUUAAGUUGUAAUAGCUAUGUUCUUAAUAAAAAAGGGUGGUACCGACCUAAAAUCACAGUUGCGGUUGAAAUCUAUUUCAUUUCUUGUGAUUUACAAAAUGAGAAUUUUUUCAACCUAAAGCUUACGUUCUCUUAAAGUGCAUAGAUUAACUUUCAACUGACCUUUGUAUGUUACUUUUCCAGAUCCGUCUACAGCUACUGCGUCUACAACUGGAACUGCAAACAAGGCUGUAGUACAAAUAGACAACAGCACUUCCUUCAUUUUGUUUUCUUUCGUUGUAUUUAUAAAUUCAAUGAUGUACUGGUGAAACGUACCCACGUACAGCAAAAGCUCCGCCAUAAUUUUGCUCCAAAGCUGGUAACACAAUGUAGUAAUCAGUCUCAAUAUAUUCCACACGCGGUACAGAAUAGGUAGAAAUCAUGGUACAAGGGCACCCAACGACCGUUUCCUACUAAAUACAUUGAAAACACUUUCUGGGCUAUCCAGAGUACUUUUAGAUCUCUCGAAAUGCAUUCUAAGCGGC